AAUAUUUUUUAUCUUCUCCAGGUUGAUAAACACUUUUCAAAGUCACGAACGUUUGUUUUUACACUAUCCCCGUCAAUUUGUAAUUAAAGAAAAACCAGAAUGUACAAACGUAUAAAAGACUGAUUUAAAAGGAUUCGAUCAGUUGACAAACUGACAUUUCAGUCAUGGGUUCUUUUUUAUAUUUCGUAAUUUUUGCAGUAACAAUUACGAACAGCUUUGCUAUAGAGGCUGUACCACUAAACUGCUUUUUUCGAAAUCAUAACUUUAUGAACAAAUGCAGCGCGGAUGCGGUAAAUGCUUCUCCUGGCGAUAAUUAUUCUUCACAUAAUUAUCAACGGUUUGGUGUUUUAAAAUUCGAUUCCCAUAGCGUUAACAAAGAUAAAUGGGUGCUUGAGUUAAAAAAUAUAGAGAUUCGUGGCAUGGACAACGCUAUAUUAGAUGAUUAUAGUUUUAAUCUCGUCACGAAGAAUUUUCAAAUAACUUUUCACACGGAUUUGUUCAUAACGUACAACUACUUUACAUCGGGAUUUCUCUUUUCGAGGCCUAUUAGUGGAGAAGGAUUCCUUGAAGCACCAAUAAAGGACAUUCAAAUAGGUUUAAGCAUGCCUUUUGAUUUUGUGGAAAAGAAUGGCCAUACUUUUAUGGAACUGAAGAACUUUGAUAUGUGGUACAACAUUAGAGACAAAAUUUUGUUUGAUUUUUCAAAUCUUUAUUACGGAGAUAAAAAAUCGAGUGAUUUAAUGCACUCACUUAUGGACAAAAAUUGGAAUUAUAUCGUAACAAACUUUGGGAUAGAAUUCAUGAACAAGAUGGGCAACCAAAUUUUCCAAGUUUUUAGAAAAGUUAUGCUCAGCCAACCUUUCGAUUCCUCGAAUUGUUAAUUUUUUUUUUCAACUUACAUGUUUAUUUAUUUUAAAUGUUGCAUGUAAACAAUAUUAAUAAAGAAAAAA